AUGGAGGCCAUAGAAAGCGCUGGUAAACAUCGCGACGUUGAAUCCGGUGAAAUGUUAAUAAAAAAAAAAGAAGAGCGGAGAGAAAGGAAGAAAUUCGUGAAAUGGCAAGGCAAGAAUGUUAGAGCUGGGGAAAGAGGACAAUAUUUUCGAGUGCGACCGACAAACAGCUCUGUUCUCGAAGGCAACGAGGUGACAAUACCUUGCGAAGUUGAAAACAGAGUGGGUAUCGUGCAGUGGGUCAAAGAUGGCUUCGCCUAUGUCAUUCAACCAAACGGAGAAAUUGUUGGACAUCCUCGGCUACGAUUAAUCGGAGACCAGAACGCCGGUAUUUAUAACCUGAGGAUCACAGACGCUUCUUUGACCGACGAUGGAGAAUAUCAGUGCCAAGUUGGUCCAUAUGUACGGAUUAAACCGAUUCGAGCCAAUGCUCAUCUCACCGUUAUCUCACGUCCCCAGAAGGUGGAAAUCAGUAAUUACCCAAACAAGAAGAAGAUCGAGGUAAAGGUUGGCGAAUCCCGUCGUUUGGAAUGCGUUGUCAGGUCUGCGAAACCUGCUGCGACGAUCGUUUGGUAUCGCGGAAACGUGCAGAUCAAAGGGGGUGACACUACGAUCACACCGAUCUCCAUAGAGGGUGAUAAAGAAGUGCAGAAAGCAAGCGAAAACAAGAAAGAGUUGCUCAAAUACGAUACUCAUGGUUCCAUUACCAUCAUUCCCACUGCGGAUGACAACGACAUGGAUUACACCUGCGAGGCAAAUCAUCCUGCAAUACGUAUCGACAUGCCCUUGAGGGCCACCAUCAAGCUUUCUGUUUUCUACCCACCUGGUAUGCCGUACAUCGAGGGAUACACGGAGGGCGAAACGGUGAAACGCGGGCAACAGUUGGAGCUAACUUGUCGAUCGCGCGGUGGAAAUCCGCCUGCACAAAUCGUCUGGUACAGAAACGACGAACAGGUGUCCACCGUGUAUCGAACGGAGGGCAUGUUUUCUGAGAGCGUGCUGUCGAUCAUCGCCAAAGCGCAGGACAAUAAUGCACAAUACAGGUGCGAGGUGUCGAACAUCAUGAGCGUCGAACCGAUGAAGGUGCACGUCGAUUUAACCGUCUUGUUCGCCCCAUCGGGAGUAAUGAUCACCGGACCAACCGAGGCCAAAGCGGACGAACAAGUGGUGAUCACUUGCACGACGGAGAACUCGAACCCGCCAGCGGACAUCAAGUGGACCGUAGACGGACACAAUUUUGAAAGCAACGCGUCGCGAACGGAACCGGCUCCUCAGGGUGGUUGGAUCACAUCGUCCAACGUGACAUUCAACAUUAACCGCACUAGUCGCAGUAUCGUGGUGAUAUGCGACGCGUCUAACGCCAAACUGACGGAGAACGUCGUCAGAACGCACACCAUAACUGUGAUUUAUCCACCCUCGAAGCUGACCAUCACGGGAUAUGAAGAGGGAACCACCAUUGAUGCUGGGACUGUUCUCAGACUUAUGUGCACAGCCAUGUCUGGCAACCCUUUGGCUACAUUGAGUUGGUACAAAAAUGAUAGGAAGGUACUAGGAACGACCAGAACCCGAGACCAUGCAGUUUCUAGUGAGCUGACGAUACUCGUAAACGCUUCCGACAAUAAUGCUCGUAUACGAUGUGAAGCGUCGAAUUCAGCGACUGAAAUUCCUCUGCUUAAAGUCCUCGUUCUGAAAGUGAACUUUCCCCCCGAAAAAGUGAAGAUCACUCGCGAGCCUCAGAACCUGCACGCGGGCCAAGAGGGUCGUAUUAUUUGCGAAUCGAGCAGCAGUAAUCCAGCGGCAGAGAUGUCAUGGUGGAGGGGUGGUAUUCCCGUACAGGGCACCAAAAACGGCACUAAACCCGGCUUACAUGGUGGAUUUCUGUCGUUCGUCGAGCUCACGUUGGAUGUGACGGAAGAAAUGAACGGGGAAGUGUACACGUGUCAGGCGAGAAACAAUCAAAUGGAGAGGUCAAUUCACGAUGCCACCACCCUCGACGUGUUGUACAAGCCGAUAUUCUUCCCGAUAGUGCCGUACGAAUUAAUUGGAAUGGAAGGUGAACCUUUCGUAAUUUCCGUCUCUGCCAGGGGAAAUCCUAAUGACAUAAAAUAUACAUGGACUAGAGAUGGUUUGCCAUUAGUCAGUAACAAUAGAAGAAUAUCUGUUCGCGGUUCCACGUUGAAUAUUACUAAAUUGGACCGCCAUGAUGCUGGAACUUACAUCUGUGAGGCGAUUAACGAGGAGGGGACGACAUUUUAUCAACUGAAUUUAACUGUUCAAUACGCGGCGAAAAUUAAACGUACCUCGGCCUCGGGAAUAGUAUAUCCUCCAGGAAUCGAGGCGAAAUUGUUCUGCGAGGUGGACGGUAGCCCCAUAGGAGACGAGUACGUCACAUGGCAGAAAGUUGGUUCGAACUCGGAGCUCUCCGGGCGAUAUUCCACCUCUUUUAUCAACAAAACUUCCUAUCUACACAUCGAAAACCCUGAUCAAGAAGACGUCGGAGAAUAUCAGUGCAAAGUUAACAAUGGGAUCGGUAACGUUACCUCCGAGCCAAUUCUAUUCGUAACCAAUUUCAAACCGCAAAUGAUGAAUACGCCGUUAACCAGGAGAGCAGCUGCGAACAAGGGCAUAAACGUGCAACUGUUUUGCAAAGCACGUGGUUCACCUUUGCCACGAUUCGCUUGGACUUUCGAUGGGAAAACUUUGUUACCCAACGUUACGGAACACAAGUACAGCAUCACGCAUACGGACCUGAGCGAAUUAAUAUCCGAAUCGUCGUUGACGAUUUUCCGCGUGACGUCACACGACUACGGCGAAUACGAGUGUCGUGCAAUGAACAAAAUGGGACAGUCGACGGAUACCAUAUAUUUGGACGUGACAUCGCCGCCGGACAAACCGACCGAUCUCGAGGUUUAUAACGUCACUCACGACUCCGUCACCCUAAUGUGGAAAAGAGGAUUCGACGGAGGCUUACCGACAUCUUAUCAAAUUCGCUGGAGGGAAGCACUCGACUACGAGGAUCGGUAUCACUACCUGGACGUCUCCCCCGGAGAAUAUAAAACCACGAUAACAGGCCUGUCACUCGGGACUUACUAUGUGUUCAGUGUGAAAGCCAUUAACGAGAAAGGAGACAGUGGUUUUCUGCCAGACGUUGUCAAGGUCCAAACGUUACGGGAGGCACCACCUACCGACGUGACAUCCAGCGAGAUUAAUUCUUCCUACAUCAUCGUCAUUAUCAUCACUGUUUCCGCCUCUGUAUGCCUACUCAUUGCUGCGCCCAUUGUCUUUGCUACAUUAAAAUCGAAAAAGAAGGCUCAACGUUCCGGAAUAAACAAAUCGCAGACAGCGGAUAUGUACGCACCAUCGACCGUCAACGGAGACACAAUGACCGGCGAGUUAAGUUCGGUUUCGGAUGAGAAGAGCGACGUUAACUUCGACACUAAUGAUUACGUGGACGAGGGUAGGAAGACAGCGGCUAGCACGUAUUUAAUAGAUCAAACUAUGCAAGAUUUUGGGAAAGGGAACAUGGAAAUGCAGGUACACCAUCAGGGAACCCUUGGUCGUCGUGGCAACCACAUACAACCACCUAUGAGCAUGGACUCACCUCCGCAACGGACCACCGCCAGUGGAACGCUUUCUGGUACAUCUUUUUGUAACGUAUCGAAAUCAAGCUACAUCGGAAACCCGAGUCCAGCCCCGCCGAACGACGUGAACUUCUACAGCGUGGAGAUCGACAACGGUCGCUACAUGGGAUACGAGACGAACCACAGCCCGAUACCGGUGGUGAGCGAGCCCGGCUCCGGCAGCUACUAUCCAUCCAUGAGUCCCACGGGACACCUGAUGUCGAGUCACAUGAACAGCGGAACGGGAACAUUGACGCGUAGCAGAACCCUGCCACGUCCAGUCCCGCCGCCGGAUGUGACAGUGAUGACCGCCGGGCCGUCGGUGCCCCCGCCGCCCACGACCUUCGCCCGCUCCGUGGCCAGCAACGCGCACACCCAUGGACACCCGUUGUCGACCUUCACCCCGACGCCCGCCUACUCCGACAUCGACGGCCAUCUUGUCUGAGGAUCACCGAUAUUCGGCCCCAGUUCGGUGCGCGGCAAGUACCGCGCCGUUCCGAGGGACGAGACUGUUACCGUUACAGAAAGAACCACCCGGCUCUAAUCCCGCCUCGAGGGUGACCUCGAACCUUUGAAUCAUCGGCCUCGUUCAUCGUUUCCGGCGUCACACUCGAGACACAAUCAAUCAGCAAGGACUGAGGACGUGAAACGUUCGCUGCUCGACACCGCGUGAGUUUCGUGUGGGUGCUCCAACGACCUUCUCGUGUAUCCUCCUUGAACCCGAAUGAAAGAAAGUAACGAAGCAUGUAAAUAAAAUGGCGCCGUCAGCGGUGGCCGAUCUGAUAAUUUUAAGAAGCACGCGCCCGUGCCGCGGAUUAGAAUGCAUUCCUUAUAUUGCUGGUUUAGUUACACGGACUAGGUACAUAUACCUCAAGUUCACGCACGAUCGUAUAAGAUUACGUUUCGCAUAUCACGUGUUGAAGAACGGUGAACCAGGAAGAUAUCUUCGCGUGACAGUGAUUCUUGUUUCGUGAAAAAGGAUACAUUUAUGGACUCUAAGUUGUAAGCCUCGAGAAUUGACCGCGAAGGUCCAGAUGCUCUAAUUCGCGGUCAGAUCUCGAGGGGACUCGAAGGGACGUGAGAUAUCUUUCGAUGGCAGCCCUUUUGAAAGUAAAUCCCUCUCGAUGGAAUGCUGCUCACCGUGAUAAUCGCAUAUUCGCGUGUUUCCUUCGUUCUUUCACGAAUACGUACGACCGUCCAUGGUUUCGUUUGCGAAUUGGUUGAAGGACAUCGGUCUACCCCGAUAUUUGGCGGGCUCUUGUUUGAAUUUCUGAAGGAAGCGAGACAAUCGUUUUACACAGGGAAACAGUUGACGAGGUUUGUAAACGGUAGCGAUCCAACAACUGAUUUCCUUCUUCCCUGACCCUCUUGCUCACGACGCUGUCUUUGUUGAAGCUAGUUAAGAACUCGAACGGCUGGAUAGCUACUAAUUAGGCAACGUUUAGAUAAGAAAGUUUCUAACGCACGUACAGCUUUCGUCCUCUCGAGCUUAUCUUGCGUUUCGUGUCCGCGAACGCGUUCGAAUUUCCCGCGCUUUUCGCGGACCUUCGAGGUUAGGUGAAUUUCCGAAUUUUUUGAGACUUUUCGACGUUCCGUUGUUUUAUUGAACGUUUACGUAGAAAACAAAGUUUUCACUGCCGAAUUCUGAAGUCAAUACUACGGAUAAUUGGUUAUUUACACGUGUUGGGACAAAAUGGCGUUCUGUUUCGUUCGGCAAUUUUCGUUUUGAAAUGCGAACGAUGAAACCAUGACAAGGGUUGGGAAAAUAUCCACAAUAGGGUGAACAGUUUUCACGUGACGCCGCUGAGUUUGUUAAAGAUGGCGUUCACGAGUAACUUCGUUUAUAAUCAAAUGAUUUUGUACGAUAAUUUUAGAAGAAAAACGGAUGCCAAAUGUUCACGAACGAUGUUUGUGAGAUUAGUUAGUAAGCCUCUUGUUUAAUACGAUGUAAGAAAGAUUUUUACUGCUUUCACUUUCCACUGCCUAAUUUUCUAUUUCGUGCCGCGAUUUUUUACAAGGAUCAGCACGUGAAAGCCGUUGACUUGUUACGAGAUCUCGUUAAGAUGGCGGCGGCCAUUUUCCUACCGAGAAUAUCGCAACGAAAUGAACUCAAGAAUGAACGAAAGAGGUAAAAGUGAACGUCUUGGAGUAGUGAUAUCUUGAAAAAAGACAAUAGUACAUAAGUUUAAUUAUGCGAGUAUGAGUUUAGUUAAGAGUAAUCUAUUCUCCCUGGCACAGCCAAGUUAGAAGUUGCAUUUGCAUAAAAACGAUCUUUAUGCGAGACGAUAAAGACAGAUAUGAAACGUAGUUCAACUAAAUGUUUAUACAUAUAUAUUUUUGCAAUUUAUUUCGAUUGAAUUGAUUAUCCUUGUACAUAGUGCGAUAUCAGCGUUUCACACACAUACACACACGUACACGUACACGUUGCAGAAACAAAUGAAACAAAAAAAAAAAA